AUGCACAAAACUAACAAACUUGUUGAAGAUCAUGCAACUUCUGAUACAAAUGAGUAUAUUACUAAUCUAUCUGAGACCAACAAACUUACUAAUAAUUAUACAACUUUCAAUACAAAUAAGGAUGCUACCAAUCUAUUUGAGUUUAACGAGCUUAUUUAUGAUCAUACUGCUUUGGAUACUGAUAUUUCCGAAUUAGAAGAUGUUAAAAUGGAUUUGGAAAAUGAUUUUUAUAAUUCUAAUAGACAGCAGAAUGAGUUAAAUAACAAAAAUGAUAAAUAUGAAAGCUAA